GGAGGUGGCGAGCCGCUUGUGUGCCAGCGGGCUUCCAGGUGCUGGUGAGAUGCUGCGCUGCCGGGGGUAGGCAGCGUGGGGAGAGAGCAGGCUGGUGGGCAGCGCUUGGGGCUAUCUGUGGCUUCCGGUGUGUUGCUUCCUUCCCUCCAACUUCGUGCCAAUGGCGUCCAGCGGCCGCGAGCGCACCACUGAGGAUUAUGGAGUCUCCGGCUUCACGGGAUGCAGCAGGACUCCUCAGCCUGCGACUCGGGACAGCUUACAGACUCCUUCACAGGGCUUACGCCCCCGCACAGGUCCUGUGGCCGCUGCAGACUGUGGCUCCAGUCUUCGGAGAAACGUGGUCAGCGAGAGAGAACGCAGGAGGCGGAUCUCCCUGAGCUGUGAGCGCCUGCGGGGUCUGCUGCCUCAGUUUGAUGGCCGGCGAGAGGACAUGGCAUCGGUCCUGGAGAUGGCUGUGUACUUCCUUCAGCUGGCUCAUAGCAUGGCUCCUGGCUGGGAGCAGCUCCCUGUGAGUUGUAAGCAGCCUUCCCAGGAGAUGUGGCACGUGUGGCAGGGGAACGUGUUACAGGUAGCCCUGGCGGAUCAGAUCGCGGACGGCAAGCCAGACUCCGGGAUAGCAAAAGCAUCUGCGGCUCGGGCGCAGGAACCCCCAUGCUGUGGGAUGCUGGGUAUGGACCAGAGUCAAGUCAUGGAGAACAUGCCAGAACUUCUGGAGAGACCCUCCUCCCCCUCUGAGCCUUCCAGCCUGAGUCCCGGGCUCUCACCCUGGCUUCCUCACUCAUGGCAGUUAGCCAGCCCCCAGACGAACGACACUGUUUCCAGCGGGUUGCACCCUGUGGGAUCCCUCACCAGGGACACUGAAUCUCCUGGCAUGCUGGAUGAGGAGACCAACUUGGUCUUGACAUCUGUGCCUGAUACCAGAUACACCCCAGGGACAGGGUCCGACGUGGUGGAUGGAACACCCUUUCUGUUGACCACCAAUCCUGAUUGGUGGUUGGGACCGGUGGAGGGCAGAGAAGGCCCGGUCCUGGCCACAAGCAGCCCUAUGGAUAGGGCAGAACCAGGCUUCAGGGGGGACCCGGAGACCAGUUCCCAGGAGCUCCACGCUGGCCCCCUAGAGCUGUGGGGCUUGGAUUUUGGCAGCCCUGGCCUGGCCUUGAAGGAUGAAGCAGACAGCAUCUUCCCUGACUUUUUCCCCUGCUAGUUUAGUUAUGUCCGCUUGGCGGGGGAACAGGGUAGCAUGGAGCACAUAGAUAGCCUGUGCCUCUGUCCCUUGCCUGAGUGUUGUAUUUUGGGCUUGGUUUGCAGCUGUGGUCUAAUUUGAGGGAGGCUGGCAGGACUGUGAGUGGAAUUUGUAUUAAAGAGGAAAGUGGUUUUCCUGGCAGAAG